UUCAAAACUAUCACAACUAAAUGGAGUCCGCGAAUGGAUACUUUCAAGUUGUCGAUUUCGUUAUAUUUGGAGGAAUUUUGUUUUCUUCUGCUGUGAUUGGGAUAUAUUUUGCUUACAAAGACAGAAGAGAUGAAACGACCGAAAAUUAUUAUUUUGGCCGAAGAAAUGUGUCACCGAUUCUCGUCGCAAUAUCUUUAUCCGUGUCCUUCAUAUCAGCAAUUGCUGUCAUUUCCAUUCCAGUUGAAAUAUAUCUUUUUGGUGCGAUUUACGCUUGGACGAUAUUUGCAGAAAUCUUAACUUACUUCGUCGCUUCAAAAUAUUACAUCCCAUUGUAUCGUCGACUACGAUUGAAGACCGUGUACGAGUAUUUGGAAUUACGUUUUCAUCCAGGAAUUCGAUAUGUUUCUUCGGCGACUACAAUGGUGGCUUUGAUAUUCUACUUGGGUAUAACCGUCUAUCUUCCAUCUCUUGCUUUGAGUGCUGUAACUCUUCUUGAAUUAAAGUGGACGAUUGCAAUUACUAGUAUAGUGUGUACGUUCUAUACCACCAUCGGUGGAAUAAAAGCAGUGGUGUGGACAGAUCUAUUGCAGGCCCUUGUCAUGCUAGGAGGCAUACUUUCUGUUUUUGUUCGCGCGACACUGCUGUAUGGCGGAUUCGGACAUAUAUGGGAUGCCGCAGAACGCGGAAAUCGACUGAAUUUCUUCAAUUUUGACAUUGAUCCCAGGAUUCGAAGUACAACAUGGGCACGCGUAAUUGAUUCUGUAGUAGGGGGCUGUUAUGUUACAUGCUGCAGUCAAGUUACUGUUCAACGAUAUUUGUCUUGUGAUUCGGUCCGAUCUUCUAGGGUAGCUGUUUGGUUACAAUGGAUACCUUCUACAAUCCUGGUUACACUAUGUGUAGGGAAUGGAUUAGUUCUGUAUGCUUACUAUGAAGGUUGUGAUCCGGUCCUAUCGGGUUUGGUUGAAAAAAGUGACCAGGCAAUACCCCGAUUAGCCUUGGAACUAUUCCAAGAUAUGCCUGGAAUGAUAGGGAUGUUUGUGUCUGCUGCAUUCAGUGGGACUCUAAGCUCAGUAUCAUCUGGAGUCAACGCUUUGUCAGCAUUAGCACUAGAAGAUUUCGUUUUACGAUUUUUUCCAGCAAUGUCUCGGAGGAAGAUAAUACUUUGCAGCAAAUUAUUGAGUCUUCUAUUUGGCUCAGUCAUUAUGGGAAUUGCUUACCUCGUGUCCACUGCAUCUAGUAAUAUAUUCCAAGUCAACAUUGUUGUAGCGUCAAUAUCAACACCUGUUCUCGGUGUUUUUACGAUGGGCUUGUUCAUGCCAUGGAUAAACAGUUGGGGAGCCUUAGCCGGAGUCGUGACGGGUACGGCAUUUAGUAGCUGGAUCGCUAUUUCUGCAUCUUAUCAAGCAACAUUUCCAGCGGCAAGUGAGACUUUACCCAUAUCUACGGACAACUGCACUGAAAACUCUGCUUUUAAUGUCACAACCAUGUCUUCAAUUGGAAGCUUCACAGAUUUUACCAACUUUUCUGAUGUGUUCACGAUACUUGAAGAAGAAGGAUCUGUUCUAGGUUACACUUUGUAUUCUUUGUCGCCAUAUUUAUAUGGACCAUGCGGAUUCCUAGUUUCAAUAUUUUUUGGACAUGUUGCAUCUUUAUUAACAGGAUUCAACAAAAUUUCAGAGGCAAAUCCAGACUUAUUUGUCCCAUUUAUCAACUCCAAACUUUUUCGUUUCGGGAUUCCUGAAAGUACACUAGUAGACGGAAAAAACAUAGAAGAACAGAAGACAAUGCGGUAUAUCAAUGCGGGCUAUGACGACGAUGAAAAUGAUCGCGAAACCUCGAACUCUAACAUGGCAAAAUGCGAAGAAACAAUUUUUUGACAAGCAAAUAUUUAGUGAUUUUAUGCAAAACAUACAUUUUAUUAUUGUAUUUUGCUGUAUAUAUUGAUUGACACUUCUAGCAAUUAGAAUUGAUUAGCCAGCCUGCAAUACCUCGUUAUUGAGUCACUCAAAGUCUUAUAUUUGUUUAUUGUAUAUAUAUACAUACAAUAUCUCAUAUAUAUAUAUAUUCAUAUCUUUGAAUAACUAAAUAACCGCUGUUUGAUUCAUUGUGUUAUUUCA